AACUCAGCCCCGGGCGCAGGCGUACUCGUCUCCCUUCCGUCCUGCUUCCUCAGCCCUGGAGCUCCGCGGGACUUGGGUGGGUCUCGACCGCGGCGGCACCUGCGGAGGCGGUAGUGACAGCGACUGCGUGAGACUCGGGGGGAAAUGGCGAUGGCGAUGUCGGACAGUGGGGCGAGCCGUCUGCGGCGGCAGCUGGAAUCGGGGGGUUUUGAGGCCCGGCUGUACGUGAAGCAGCUCUCGCAGCAGUCGGACGGGGACCGGGACCUGCAGGAGCACCGGCAGCGCAUCCAGGCGCUGGCGGAGGAGACGGCGCAAAACCUGAAGCGCAACGUCUACCAGAACUACCGGCAGUUCAUAGAGACUGCCCGCGAGAUCUCCUACCUGGAGAGCGAGAUGUAUCAGCUCAGCCAUCUGCUGACGGAGCAGAAGAGCAGCCUGGAGAGCAUUCCGCUUACCCUGCUCCCGGCUGCCGCCGCCGCCGCCGGGGCCGCCGCGGCCUCUGGAGGAGAGGAAGGAGGAGGUGGCGCGGGGGGCCGAGACCACCUGCGGGGCCAGGCUGGCUUUUUUCCUACACCCGGGGGCGCCUCCCGCGACGGUGCGGGUCCGGGCGAGGAAGGGAAGCAGCGCACUCUUACCACCCUGCUUGAGAAGGUGGAAGGUUGCAGGCACCUGCUGGAGACGCCAGGGCAGUACCUGGUGUACAACGGGGAUUUGGUGGAAUACGAGGCGGACCACAUGGCCCAACUGCAGCGGGUGCACGGCUUUCUCAUGAACGACUGUUUGCUGGUGGCCACCUGGCUGCCUCAGAGGCGUGGGAUGUAUCGCUACAACGCCCUCUAUCCCCUGGAUGGUUUGGCCGUGGUCAAUGUCAAGGACAACCCGCCCAUGAAAGACAUGUUCAAGCUGCUAAUGUUUCCCGAGAGCCGUAUUUUUCAGGCGGAAAAUGCUAAAAUCAAACGAGAGUGGCUGGAAGUGCUGGAGGAAACCAAGAGGGCCCUCAGUGAAAAAAGACGCAGGGAACAGGAGGAGGCAGCGGCCCCACGAGGACCACCGCAGGUGCCUUCCAAGGCCAGUAACCCAUUUGAGGACGAAGACGACGACGAACCAGCUGUUCCUGAGGUAGAAGAAGAGAAGGUGGACCUCUCAAUGGAGUGGAUCCAGGAGUUGCCUGAAGACCUGGAUGUCUGUAUCGCCCAGAGGGACUUUGAAGGGGCCGUUGACCUGCUGGACAAAUUGAACCAUUACCUGGAAGAUAAGCCCAGCCCACCGCCUGUUAAAGAACUAAGGGCCAAAGUGGAUGAGCGCGUCCGACAGCUCACGGAGGUGCUAGUUUUUGAACUCUCCCCAGAUCGUUCCCUGAGAGGUGGUCCCAAGGCUACCCGAAGGGCAGUUUCUCAACUAAUCCGGCUUGGCCAGUGCACAAAGGCUUGUGAGCUGUUUUUGAGAAACAGGGCAGCAGCUGUGCAUACCGCAAUCCGCCAGCUUCGCAUCGAGGGUGCCACUUUACUCUACAUCCAUAAGCUAUGCCACGUCUUCUUUACGAGCCUUCUUGAGACUGCAAGGGAAUUCGAGACGGAUUUUGCAGGCACUGACAGUGGCUGCUACUCUGCCUUUGUGGUCUGGGCGAGAUCAGCCAUGGGCAUGUUCGUGGAUGCUUUUAGCAAGCAGGUGUUUGACAGUAAGGAGAGCCUCUCUACAGCGGCUGAGUGUGUCAAAGUGGCCAAGGAGCACUGUCAGCAACUGGGUGACAUCGGACUGGACCUCACCUUCAUCAUCCAUGCCCUUCUGGUGAAAGACAUCCAAGGGGCCUUGCACAGUUACAAAGAAAUUAUCAUAGAAGCCACUAAACAUCGCAACUCUGAGGAGAUGUGGAGGAGGAUGAACUUGAUGACUCCAGAGGCCCUGGGUAAGCUCAAAGAGGAGAUGAAGAGUUGUGGGGUGAGGAACUUUGAGCAGUACACCGGGGACGACUGCUGGGUGAACCUGAGCUACACGGUGGUUGCUUUUACCAAACAGACCAUGGGCUUCUUGGAAGAGGCACUGAAGCUGUAUUUCCCCGAGCUGCACAUGGUACUUUUGGAGAGCCUGGUGGAGAUCAUUUUGGUCGCUGUGCAGCAUGUGGAUUAUAGCCUUCGGUGUGAGCAGGAUCCAGAGAAAAAGGCCUUUAUCAGACAGAAUGCAUCCUUUCUAUAUGAGACCGUCCUCCCCGUGGUGGAGAAAAGGUUUGAGGAAGGUGUGGGGAAACCUGCCAAGCAACUCCAGGACCUGAGGAACGCAUCUAGACUUAUUCGUGUGAACCCCGAAAGUACAACAUCAGUGGUCUGAUGCUCGCGUCGUGGGUCCGGGAUGCAUUCUGAAAUACCAAAUGAAUCUUAGCGUCCGCUGAGCUCAUUGUGAUUUUUCUUCUACGUCAUAUUAAUUGGAUAAGUUUUUAAAAUCGAUUUCCUAACACUGAACCACACUUACACCCUGUGAAUUAAUUCUAUUUGGUUGCAAUAUAUAAUUGUUUUAAUAUACUGCCUGAUUCUAAUGAAGACUUCAUUCACAUUUUUGUAUCAGUAUCCAUUAGCAAUAUCGGUCUA